CUCACCAGAUUAGAUUGACCUCUCAUGGGUCGUCGAUACAGACGGCAGGAGAUAGUUCACUUCCUCAGCCUGUAUGGAGAAAGGUCAAGGUGUUUUCCCUGAAGACUCAGGAUCAAAACCUCAGCAGAGCAUUAGAGAACACAAAUGUACAGGACACUCACAUCCUACGGGGAAGAUCCAGGUCAUUGGAGACAUUUUCCAGUUCACAGUCGAUGUGAGUGAAUUUCCUCCAGAGGAUGUUAUCAUCACAUCCUCAAACAACCUGAUAGAGGUCCAUGCUGAGAAGCUGGGUGAAGAUGGGACUGUCACAAAUACAUUUUCCCACCGAUGCAAACUGCCAUCAGAUGUGGACCCCAUAUCUGUGACCAUGUCAAUAGAGAGCGGCGGGGUCCUGACUGUCAGAGCUCGCAGGAUGUAACCUCAGCACUAAACCAUUCACAGUGGCUCUCCUGUGAAAACGUGUGGAUUUACCGCCCUCUAGCGGCGGGCAACGGAAUAAAGCAAUGCACUUCAUGGAUUAUUGGAAAUAUGAUUAACCAAAUCCAACUGCACUUGGACCGAACCCUCCAACACUGAAAAUAGUAUUCUAAAAAUGUGUGAUUUCCUAUGACAUUGCUGUAGUCUUUUUGUGACAGCAGAACAAACAGAAGAUGGCAAAUAAACAAGUUUAAAACGUGUGAAUAUUUUUUCACAACUUUAAUUAAAUGAUUAAAUGACGUUAUUGACACG